AUGGCGAAACCUACAAAGACCAAAUCGCCCGGGCAGAAACAAAAGGCACCGGUGUUUCAAGAAGUGGUGGAUGAGCCUGCACCAUUGGUUCGCAUGGGUGGAGAUGAAGACGACGAGGAUGUAGAAAUGAAUGACGAAGAGGAGGGGGAUUCGGGGGAGGAAUCGGAAUCAGAGGUGGAAAUCAUGCUCGACAAUGAGAUUCCCAAGGAUGAGACCGAGGCGGAGUUGGAGAGACUGGUGUUUGGAGACAGUGGCGCAUUUCGGGAGGGAUUGAAGGAUUUCAAUCCCGACGGAGAGGAAGAUGAUGGAGUGGGCGGGUUGGAGGGAUUGGACGAUGCUGCCUUAUUCUUCACCGAUUUGGGGAAUGGAAAUGGUGUGGCGGCGGAGGAGGAUGACGAUUCAGAGGAGGAUGCAACUCUCACAUCUCGACAUGCGGCGGCGUGGGAGGACAGCGACGAUGAGCGGACCCGCGUCUCCCUCCAAGCCGUGCCAAGAUUACGAAAAUUGAGAAGAACAGAGGCCGAGGAUGUGGUCAGUGGGAAGGAGUACACGCGACGGUUGAGAAAACAGUUUGAAUUGCUGAAUCCCGCUCCCCAAUGGGCUACAACGGCCAUGCAGCUGCCGGCGAGGAAGAAGAGACGUCUUUCCGCCGACAAUGAUGAAGACGACGCUUCCUCCAACGAUGAAAUGGAUCUCGAUGGAGACCUUCCCUCCGCACAACCUCUAUCCGCACUCCUUCAAAACGCCGACUCUCUCACUCGAACAUCAAAUCUCGUGGCAGGCUCCAAAAAGAGAAAACUCCGGCCCGAAGUCAUUGAUAUCCAACGCACAAAGGACAUUCCCGGCGUUCAACCCUCGGCCAUCACUUCCCUCUCCUUCCACCCGACUCUCCCGCUCCUCCUAUCUUCCGGCCCCAGCUCCACCCUCUACCUCCACCACCUCUGCGCCUCCCCACCAGCCCCCGUCCCCAACCCUCUCCUAACAAGCAUGCACGUCAGAGGCUCCGAACUCACAACCACAGCCUUCCACCCCACGGACUCUCGCAUCUUCCUCUCCGCGCGGAGGAGAUACUUCCACAUCUGGAAUCUCCAAACGGGAAAGGUAGAGAAAAUCUCCCGCGUUUACGGCCAACAACAUCAACAAAAAAGCAUGGAACGCUUCAAACUCAGUCCGGAUGGGAAAUACAUGGCCCUCCUCGGCUCCACCAAAAAGGGAGGGGGGAUUAUCRACAUCCUCGACGCCAACACUCUCCAAUGGACAUCUCAAGUGCGCAUCGAAGCCCGUGGCGGCAUCGCCGAAUUCUCCUGGUGGCGAGACGGCAGCGGUCUCGUCAUCGCAGGUAAAGGAGGAGAAAUCACAGAGUGGGACGUCAACACCCAACGCGUCGUAGCGCGAUGGCAAGACGAAGGAGCCGUAGGAACCACCACCCUCUCCCUCGGAGGCAGGCACGAAUUGUCCAAAUGCCCCAUCGGAACAGACCGUUGGAUCGCCAUCGGCUCCAGUUCAGGGAUUGUGAACAUCUACGACCGAAGACUCUGGGCGGAAUCCCACAACAAGAAGAAUAAUCCCGAGAAUACCAUCGUCCCCGCGAACCCCAAACCCACAAAAACUCUCGAACAUCUCACCACUCCUACAAGUCAUCUGGUAUUCAGUCCCGACGGACAAAUUCUCGCCAUGGCAAGUAAAUGGAAGCGCGAUAGUAUGCGAUUGGUACAUUUGCCUAGUUGUACGGUUUUUCGAAAUUGGCCGACGAGUAGUACACCUUUGGGUAGGAUUACGGGAGUUGCGUUUGCGGAUGGGGGAGUUGUGGAGGGUGGGGACUGUUAUGCUGUUUUGGGCGUUGCGAAUGAGCAAGGAAAGAUACGGGUUUGGGAGAUUCGGUAG